AUGUCCUUUAGACAGACAAAUAGUCCCAGGAAGCAUUCGGCCGGUAACAAAUCACAUGAACGAUCCUCAAAAAAGAGUUCUUCUCCAGAAGAAAAAGAUUGGUCAUCCAUGAGUUUGGCAGACCGUAUAGGUAUAGUACCAGCAAAUGCUACAGAUGAGAAGAAGACAACGACAAGUCCUGUCAAGAAAACUCAUGAGGGAAGGAAGAAGAAUCAUAAACUUACUUUGGCAGAAAUCGAUGCCCAAUUUGUGAAUAAUGAUAAAACACCAAAGGAGCCAAAGCACAUAAAGAUGAAUGAAAAAAUACACACAAUUCCGGCUACCAAGACUGGAAAACCUGAUAGAAAGCUACCAACCAGUAAAAAUCAAACUCAACAAGAGAGUGACAAAAAGGAAAAAAGAAGUAGCAUUUCAAAAAUUGAUAUCUUGAAGAAGAAGAUUGCUGAGCAAAAGAAAAUUCAGGAAGAGAAAAAGCAAAAACAAUUAUUGGAUGACUUCUUAAAUGGUGAUGAUAAGUUUGAAUGGACUGCCGAAGAAGAAGAGGAGGAAGUGCUAAAUCGUUUGAAGACUUCAUUAAAAAUAUAA